ACGUCUGCUCUGAAGCCGUUUUUACUUUCGAUUUAGAAAAGACUGAAUAUCUUUACAGCGCUCUUCGACGACAAAACAAAAAUAAUUGUGGAUCAAAUACAUGGAUUUUCAAUUGCAAUGAAGUUGAUCAUUUUCUUAAUCUGUGCACAUUUGGUUUACUCAGAGUUUCACACCAUGAUCACAUACACUGAAAUAAGUGGAAAGACGACUGCAGGAACUCCAGAGUUUUCUGCUGUAACUACACUGGAUGAUCAACAGAUCGAUUAUUAUGACGGUAACACAAUGGAGCUGAUUCCCAGAAAGGACUGGAUGAAGGAGUUUGCAUUGAAAUCUAAAGAACUAUGGAAGGACUACAGUGAUAUAAGACAAAAAUUACAGCAGAUCUAUAAACUCAACAUUACUGUUCUAAUGCAAUUAAAUCAGUCACAUGGUCUUCGUUCAUAUCAGAGGGUGUAUGGAUGUGAUUGGGAUAAUGAGACUAAAGACUCACAUGGGUUUGAUCGGCACAAUUAUGAUGGACAGGAUUUCAUCUCACUGGAUCUGAAGAAGUUCACAUACAUCACACCUGUAAAGCAGGCAGAGCCCAUAGUGCAGAAGUGGAAUAAUGACAGAACAGAGCUUGAAUUACUGAAACAAUACUUUGGGCGAGGCUGCUUUUACUGGCUGAACAAGUUCUUACGUUUGUCCAAAGCUACUAUUGAGAAAGCAGAUCCUCCUAAAGUGUCUCUGCUGCAGAAGAACCCAGACUCUCCUGUGGAGUGUCAUGUCACAGGUUUUCUCUUCAGAAACACAAUCAUCUCAUGGAGGAAGAAUGGACAAGCUAUGAGCGAUAAAUUGGAGUCUAGAGACACACUACCAAAUGAGGAUGGGACCUUCCAGAGGACUGUAGCCCUCUAUGUCCAUCCAGACGAAUGGAUGAAGGACCAGUACACUUGUGUGGUGGAGCACAAGAGUUUGACUGAGUCCAUCCAGAAGAUUCUGACUGAGGAUGAGAUCAAGAGGAACAGGCCUGGAUUAUAUGUUCCAGUCAUUAAAGCUGUUGUUGUACUGAUUGUACUGUUUGUAAUUUGGAAAUGCAGGAAUUAAUCCAAAGCUCCAUGAUACACCUCCAUUUAUCUCACUUCACAGCCAGCAAGAAGAACAGAUGUACUCCAAAACUUAAAUGCUUGCAUGCAGAACAUUCACAGGCUCUUAUCUCAUCUCUAGAAGACUGUGGUGUAUGAGUGAGCAGCACGUCAUGGUACUUUCACAGAGAUGCAUAAAAUCACUUUCCAGAACCUUUACCUUUACAGUUCCUCACCAGGCGGGGUAGGGUCCUUUUAUAAAGGUUUAGAAACAUCUAAAGACAUUUAAAGAUUAUUUUCCAUGAGCAUUCAACUAUACAUACUUAAAGUAAUCUUCUUUAUACUUUUACCUUUUUUUUCCAUCUCUAAUCGUUGGAUUUUAGCAUUUCUUUUAGGAUGAAUCACUUUAGCCGCUUUUCCACCGUCAGGCCAAACUGUUCUCUUUGCUUAACCGUUUCAUUCCAUGCUGAUAACUGAACUCUUUGGAACUGUGUCAGUUAUUAGACGCAAGAGUUUACAGACGUUAUGAGAUGUAAAUUGUAGGGCUGGGUAUCAAUUUAGAUGUCCCAAUUUGAUUCGAUUACGAUUCACAAGGUCUCGAUUCGAUUUUGAUUCUCGAUUUUCGAUUCUCAAUUCGAUUCAAUGAAAUAAUAAUAAUGAAAUGAAUAAAAUAGUUAUUGUUUUUGUUGUUUUUGACCAAUGUAUCUUUAUGUUGUAAAUAAAUAAUAGCCUUAAGUUAUUAAUAGAUGAUCCAGUACUAUUUGUACCAUUUCUAUGGAGAUAUUAGAGUGCAUUUUAACAAUUAGAUUUUUAUAUAUUUAUGCACAUAUCUUAUAUGUGCAAGUACUAUAUAUGUGCUUUAUAUCCUGUGGAUAUUGUAAUAAAUAAGGUUAUGACACCCAAUAUUUUAGAUACCAGUGAAAUUUAACAAUUCUCGCAGCUAAAGCUACUAAUAUAAAUUUCAAAGAUUAUUAAAGACAAGUUAACAGUCUUUAAUAAAGAACAAAUAAUUAAACUACAAGCAAUAGCACAAAUAAAUAAAUACAAUAGAACAAAGAUACAAGUGAAAUAAUCAGUGCUUUUAAGGUUUUUUUCAGGUAGGUCUAAUAGUAGUUUUCAGGUACAGAAAUUCAAUAAAGUAAUCAAAUGUAAAAUAACACUGCAAAUAAUCUGUACAAACUAAAUAAAGGUUAAUCCUUAUUAAAGUUACAAAAACGUUAUUCAGUAAGAGUAGGGAGUGAUUUUUGUAGUUUGAUUAAAAAACAGGCAGCUGCAGGAAUAUUAGGUUGCUGUCAAUUUAAGACUAAUGCACGGAUCUAAUAUACUGAUACACAUGCGUCCUUUAUUUACUGCUUAAACCAUAAUCGACUAUGUUUAGAUACUCGCAAAGGCAGGCAUUUUGAGAUAAAUUUGUGUGAAUUUGUCCGUUUAGGCACAAGGAGAGGUGAAAGAGAAUUAAUUUUAUUAUUUGCAUGCCGUCUGAGACGUGCAGCUAUGAGCGCUUUGGGUGUGCGCACAAAACUUCUCACACAGCGCGCGCACACCCAGGUUCUCUUUCUCUUGAAUGCUUAAAUUGGCAAGACUUGAAAACACGUGCAAAUAAUAAACUUUAGUAACCAUGCAGCGUUGGCCCGAUCAGGAGACUGACAGUUCCUUCAACUGUCCGGAACGUCUUUCACACUGAAAGGAGCACCUGCGUCCGUUAUGUUCAGCACCGAAUAAAUGACAAUAUCACGGUAAGGUAAAUAAGAGGAUGACAUCUAGUGGAUAAGACUAGUGAUAAGAUUAAUGUCAAUCAGAUAUUGUGUUCAAUGUUUGCAGAAAUAAAGACGAAAAAAAUCGAUUCGUGGCUUCUGAGAAUCGAUAUCGAAUCGAUCACAUUUAAAAAAAAAAAACAAUUAAUCAAAAAAUAGAUUUUUUUGCCCAGUCCUAGAAAAUUGCGACCAUGGAGGAUGAUGGGAUAUUUCUAGUGUUUACUUCGCUCAAAAAGUGCUUGGCCAGCUACAGAGAAACUGGCAGCAGGGCAACAGACGCAUUCUACCAACAAAGUAUCCGGGCCAAGAAAGUUCUGUAAUAACGCCGUUCUGAACCAAGCUCAAGUGGAAAUAUAACUAACCAUUUCUUUCCGUUCUUAAAACCGUUCAACCCGACGGUGAAAAAGCGGCUUUUGUUGUAUUCUGUUAAUUUUUGUUGAUAUUUGUCUUAAUGACAUUACUUGAUAUUUGUUUUUGGGUUUUUUUUAAAUUAAAUAAGAACUAAAAUUCUCUAGCAAAAAAAAAAAAUAUAUAUUUUUUAGGACUGUCAAAAAAUUAAAUAAUGUUAACUACAAAAAAUAAUCUCAAAUUUUGAAUUAGCAGACAUUGCCUCUUAAUAACCUUAUGUUAUUAAUAGAUGACCCAGUACCAUUUGUACCAUUUUUAUGCAGAUAUUAGAGUGCAUUUUCCCAAUCAGAUGUUUAUAUAUUUAUGCACAUAUCGUAUAUGUGUAACUACUAUAUAUGUGCCUUAUUUCCUGUGGAAAUAUAUGUAUAUAUUUGUAUAUAUAUAUAUACACUGGAGUCAAUGAUCAGUUUAAGUCAAUCUGUCUGAUGGUUUCUCACUGGAAAGUACUUGUUGAGCUUGUGAUUUAACAGAACAGCAUAAAAAAUUGAUAACCUGUGAUCUUCACAACAUUGUUCCCAUCAACAUGUAUUCACAUUUGAGAUUUUUUUUAUCCUGUUUGUUAAUUUUGCAUUUCUUGCCUUAUUCUAUGGCUUUACUUUGUGCUACAUUAAAUAAUAAACCUCUAUAAUGUUC